ACAGAAGGAUAAACCAUGCCGCUGAGAAGAAUCAUUAGAGGGGUCCGGAGGAGAGCGCAGGGGGAAAUGGCGCAGAAGCCAAAUCCGCAGGGUGGAAGUCGUGGGAAAAUCGAUGAGAAGAAAAUGGAGGGCAUGGAGGCUCAAAGCUCUUCAACACUUGCCUACGUUCUGAAACCCUCACAGUUGUUCAACGAAGACAUACUCUUCUGCAUCGAUGUCGACGCUGAAUCCAUGGUGGAGAUGAAGGUGACGGGAUCCAAGGGGAGACCCAUCACCAGAAUGGAUUCUAUCAAGCAAGCUAUUCUUCUCUUCGUCCAUUCCAAGCUCGCCAUCAACUCUGAUCACCGCUUCGCCUUUGCUGCUCUGGGCAAAACCGCUUCUUGGCUUCAGAGAGAGUUUAGCAGUGAAGUUGAUUCUGCAAUUGCUGCACUUCGGGGUCUGUCAGUUGAUGGCUCUUGUGGUAAUGCAGAUCUGACCCAGUUAUUCCGGGUAGCAGCUCAUGAAGCAAAGAAAUCUCGUGCACAAAAUCGGAUUUUCAGGGUGAUCUUAAUCUACUGCAGAUCUUCUGCUCCUCCUCAGCAUCAAUGGCCUGCCAACCAGAAACUCUUCACUUUGGACGUGGUUUAUCUCCAUGACAAGCCUGGUCCUGAGAACUGCCCACAAAAGGUCUAUGAUGCGCUUGUGGAUGCCCUUGAACAUGUCAGUGAGUAUGAGGGCUACAUCCAUGAGAGCGGGCAGGGGCUAACACGUGUCCUCUUCCGUUAUAUGUGUGUUCUAUUAUCACACCCCCAGCAACGUUGUCAACAAGACGACGUUGACAUACCCAAGUCCCUCGCAAAGAAGUUGCCUGCAGCUGACUCCACCCCAGCUGAAGAAAGUGUGCCUGUAUCCAGCAAAUGAGUCUCUAAGAAAUUAAAGUGUGUUUAUGUUGCUUUUGGUCUUUUAAUUUUUAUGUGCAUGCUUUUGGGGUUUUACAGAAAGAAGUUAAUAUGCAUCUGUAGUUCAAUGAGAAUUUGCAAAAUUUGCACCCACCUUUCUGUAUAAAUUGUGGAAGUAUUAUUCUUUGGGUCCUUGAAAUGUGUAACAAAACUUCAAAGCUCUCAACAUUCCAUACUGUAUUUUCAUCUUAAGCUGGUGUUUGGAGAAUGGGAAAGUACAUCCUGGAAAAUGGCUCAGAAAAAAAAGGAUGAUGCAUCAUUAUGAAUU